AAGUAUUGGUGGCCAUAUUUGUUAACGGAAACAUACUGAAAUGCACACGGGUUAACCUAUAUUGUGUAAAUAUGUAAAAUAUGAGAAUAUGAUGACACAGUAACCGUAAAAGUAAGAGUUGAUUGACGAAAUAAGACAAAGGAAACCAGCUGCCCGAAAUUGACAUGGCCGCCGGUGGCAUCAUACUGGCAGAUCACGUGACCAGCUGAAUCACCGCGGGCAAAUCACAAUUCUAUCACAUAAUCACACGCUUUAAGUUAAAUACCUUCCUGGAUCGCUGUUGUUAUCAUUCUUCUACUUACUGAAUCUUCCUCUGCUUAUUGGUCAAGUAUAUUUACAAGUCCAACGAUACAUUACAAGAGUGAGUCAUUGGCCGCUGUCAGUUCUCGUCUGGUAAUACCUCUUGCAGGAUCCCGAAAGCAGGGUUUGUGCCGUUAAUAACAGUCACUUCAGACAUCAUGUUCACAUCCAAGCUCCUCACACUUGUCCUGGUAGUCCAGCCCCCGAGGAUUUUGCUGGGCAUGAAAAAACGUGGCUUUGGUGCUGGCUUGUGGAAUGGCUUUGGUGGGAAAGUGCAGGACGGAGAGACAAUUGAGGAAGCUGCCAAGAGGGAACUGUGGGAAGAAAGUGGGCUAAGUGUUGACACUCUCCUGAAAAUCGGCCAUAUAAAAUUUGAGUUCGUUGGCAGCACAGAAUUAUUAGAUGUCCAUGUUUUUCGGGCAGAUGAGUUUAAAGGAGAACCAAGUGAAAGUGAAGAUCCACGUGGACUACGAUUGGGAACGGUAACCUGUGCCGAGCGCAGAGUUAGUGGAGCGGGGCAGCUUGCCCAAAGCAUGAAAUGCGUCCCCAGUGGUUUCAGCUGGACAGUAUUCCCUACGAUACAAUGUGGCCGGAUGACGUACUAUGGCUGCCCCUCUUGCUGAAGGGGAAGAAGUUUCUGGGAUAUUUCAAGUUUGAGGGAAAUGACAAGAUUCUAAACUACACACUGGAACAAGUGGACGAUGCCUGAGAGGAAUCAGCAACAGUUCAGCCACGAGGCCAUACGUUCAGUAGAACAUUACAACAACACUAUUAGUUUGGCUCUAUCUCCAAGUUAUUGCGCUCCAUUGAUCUUAAUUUCCCCCACAGGUUAUAUAUUUAAUGAGAAAGGCAGUGUUGGUGGCACUAACUAUCCAGCAUUCUCCUGACUGGACUUUUCUCUGUUAGGCAUUGAGAGAUUUCUGUGGCACAUACUCUAGUUUUAGCCAUUUUUAAUGAUAGAGUCUAGGGUGUAUAUUUACUAAAGCUUCUAUAAAUGAAAAGCGAUGUUGCCCAUAGCAGCCAAUCAGAUUCUGUCUAUCAUUUUCUAGGAUGCAAUAGUGAAAUGAUAGACAGAAUCUGGUUGCUAUGGACACCAUAGUAACUUCUCAUUUAUAGAAGCUUUAUUAAAUUAAUCCCUCAGCGUCCUACGGUUUGUUGUGUUUAUCAUUGUGUUAAUGAAUAUUUCAGUUACUAAGGGGGCAAUUCAAAUGUUGUAAUCAGUGCCCGUCAGACCACAUCCAUUAUUGCUCCAAGCGUGCUACCAAAUAGACUGGCUUUAGUCACAAAUAGCACCUAAACCCAUAGUCAUUGCUUAGGGUGCUCAACUUCUCAUUUAAGUGCCCAAACCACAAAGUUUCAGCUCGCCACCUCAGGAAGCUGCAAGCUGAAAUGUGUCCUGUGCACGUGCGCCUGAACAGAGCAACAAUUGAAUUGCUCCAUCGGGCACCAGUGGCAACUGGGGGGGGGAAACAAUUGAAUUCCCCCCUAUGACUCUAACGUGUGUAUCUAAUAUAUGUAAUUUUGUCAAUUUGCCCAUAAACAUGUGAUUUGUUUUAAAUGUAAUAAAAAAUGUACAGAUAU